AUGCUUCCGACCACACGACUCUUUCGACUUGCACGAAGACACGCUGGUCUUGGCGUCAGGAACCCACAGUCACGAGGUAUCCAUGCGUCGAUAGCAACCCCCGCUCGUCGAAAUCGAAGGAGUUCACCACACUCGUCAUCAUCACUUAAGGCAUCGGCCGUCCUUCCCGACAAUGAGGUCGAAGACAACGACUUUGUCAAGUGGUUUGAAGAGGUGCAGCAGCAGUAUCCAAAGGAGAAGACCCAGUCUGAGGACGAGGAUGACACGUUGAGUUCGAUGGAGAUGUACGAAGACGAGGAAGACGGGCACGACGAGGGCGAAGAUCCUGAUGAGGAAACGGAGAAGUUCCUGGAUGAAGCAGAAGAUUUGUUUCGUCUGAGCCCGGCCGAGUUUCAGAAACGUAUGGCCACGUUUGACCAACGGGACGCCCACGAAAGUGACUUUGACGAGGACGACGACGACGACGAGGACGACGACGAGGACGACGACGAGGACGACGACGACACGGACGGAAUCGACCGUGCCACGGAACGAAUUCCGAAGAAGCGGUUGCUGAAAUUGCUGGAAGAGCUCAACCCAAGCCGUGACUCCUCAGGCAAGAACAAGGAGCGGAUGCCGAACGCUAGCUUGAAGAUCAAGAACGCGUCUCCUCUUCAGAAAAAGCCAAAAGCACCCAAGGCGGACCGUGUGACGUAUCGUCAGGAGAGCGUGGGCAUCGCCGUGCUGGAAUUCGUGCAGAACCUGCUCGUUGAGGAUGCCGAUGUUUCUGGUGUCGACAUCGUGCCGACUAUUGUCGAGGCAAGCGUAUCGCCUGACCUCCGCCGGGUGGUGCUUUUCUGGGAGCCCGUACGCUGGAACUCGGAGAAUCAAACGAUUGGCAAACGGAAAGUCGAGGCGGUAAAGAAUCGCCUUCAGCGCCUGGAGCGCUGGGUUCGCCGCAGCGUCACUCAGCACCUGAAUCUGAAGUACUCACCUGUCGUCCAGUUCAAGCAGCAGAAGGAGGCAAAGGAUGAACAAGCUCAAACGCUGUUUGAGGACGAAAUGAAAUGGCUGGACAGGGUGUAA